GUAAUGAUUCUUUAUUACGUAGAAUGCAAUAUAUUUUUUAAAUUAACCCAUUCAUAGAAGUUGGAUCAGGCGGGUCUUCGACCCAGGUGUCUCCUACUGUGCCACAGAGCCCGGAGAGAGGAGAUGUGUGUCCGUUAAUUAGUUUAUCUCCUCUCCAAUCAACCUGUUCAGAGACGGUGGGAGCAGAUGGGAAUUGAACCCAGGUUCAUAGUCAUAUCACAUUACCAGCGGCCUCCAAGGGUAAGACAAUUCCAGCGGCAGUACAUGUUCUGUGACACAUGCCUCCAGACAAUCCACGUUAAUAACUAAACGCGCAGGCGCGGAGGGGAGUUCAGGCAUGCGCAGUGAGGCGGUCUGUUAUCCCUCAGUGGCGGAAGCGGAUUGUGAGUGCGCGUCAGCGACCGAAGCCACAAGCUGAUCUGGCUGUUUCAGGAAUAACCGCGAUAGGUCAGAGGCCGCCGAAUAAGUGCCGAAAAGUCCCUCCUGCAUUCCGCGUUGCGGGUUCACCGUCUCCGCCGUCUUGCGAGCUUCUGUCAGAGCGGAUCAGGAAAGGUGUGUCUUCCUCUCCGCGCACGGGCCGUGUUUACUCCGGCGGCCAUCUUUGUAAAGGAGGCAGUGUUUGAACGGGAAGCAAUGUUCAAGCGCGGCCCCCUUGGUACACUAGUGUAGGCGGGCCUCAUGAACCCCAGGACGAGCGCAGUAAAAUAAUUGAGAGCAAACAAAAGCAAUUUGUUGGAAAAUUUAACAAGUCCCGCAGCACCUGUGGAGAGAGGAAAGCAGAGUUAACGUUUCUAGUCCUUUGACUGCAACUUAGGUUUUUUGAAGACUGAACUGAAACCAGUCAGAGUACAGGGAGGAUGAAAAUUGGCCCGGAAGAAAGAAAUAGUGAGAAUGGAGCGAUGGGAUCCAAUUUCAGUGCCUGAAAAUGGGCAAGUGCGUGGCACACAGUUUGGUGAAAUGAGUGGUAAAUUUGUUCCAUAGAAAUGAGGUAAAAAUUGUUCUUAAUCUCUCCUGAAUUUGCACGAAGUCAUUUGUAAACAACUUUUUAUAGGAUUUUAGAAGAGGACAAUUUCUAGGUGAGAAAUUUGAAUUAUACAUGAUGUCACGCUCCAGCACGAUCACUCGAUUCAUCAGGGCCUGAAUGCCAUUGUUCAUGAAUAUAACAAGUGAAAUGUUUGCUGUAUUUCUCAAAUCAGCCUGACUAGAAAAGCAGUGAGAUGCAAGCAGCCAAGUAAGUGUGUUCCAGUACACUGAAUGUGGAAAGAGCAUUAACUAGUUACACGCCCUUAAAAGACAUUGCACCAUUCCUAGCAGGGAGGACUUAUAGAAGUGCUCUAUGUGUUUAUGAGGCUUAAACCGGUCAUUCGACCUGCAGAGGGACAGGAUACCCGCACCAUGGAGAAACCAUGGAAAUGUAGAGACUGUGGAAAGAGAUUCAAUUACCCAUCCCUGCUGGAAAACCAUCGUCGCAUUCACACUGGGGAGAGGCCUUUCGCCUGUUCCAUGUGUGGAAAAGGAUUUGCUCAGUCAUCUAAUCUCGUAACACACCAAAGAACUCACACCGAAGUGAAGCCCUUCACCUGCUCUGUGUGCGGGAAGGAAUUCUCUCAGUCAUCCAAUCUCCUGACACACCAACGGGUUCACACUGAGAUGAAGCCAUUCACCUGCUCUAACUGUGGAAAAGGAUUUAAUCAUCCAUCCAACCUGCUGAAACACCGUCGAAUUCACAGUGGGGACAAGCCAUUCACCUGCUUUGUUUGUGGGAAAGGAUUCACUCAGUCAUCUACACUUCUGACACACCAGCGUGUUCACACUGAGGAAAGGCCAUUCACCUGCUCCGUUUGUGAGAAAGGAUUCAAUCAUCCAUCCAACUUGCUAAAACACCAGCGAGUUCACACUGGAGAGAGGCCGUUCACCUGCUCCAUGUGUGGGAGGGGAUUCACUCAGUCGUCAACUCUUGUGAUACAUCAGCGAACUCACACUGAAGCAAGGCCUUUCAUCUGCUCUGUGUGUGGGAAGGGUUUCAUGAACUCAUCCAAACUCCUGAUACAUCAGCGAGUUCAUAGUGGGGAGAGGCCAUUCACCUGCUCCAUAUGUGGAAAGGGAUUCAUGAGUUCAUCCAUUCUGCUGACACACCAGCGAAUUCAUACUGGGGAGAGGCCAUUUACCUGCACAAUAUGUGGGAAGGGAUUCACUCAAUCAUCCAACCUGCUGAGCCACCAGCGAUGUCACAAAUGACUGCAGGAGUUGGAUUGCGAUUUCAUUACUGCUAUUGAUACUGUCCAGUACUGAGUGACAUUCAUUCUGACAGAUUGGAUUUGUUUCUUUUGAUGUUAAUCACCCCUAUAACUGUGCUGUUGUUUCAUAUUCUGCAUCACAAGCUGCCUUGACUCUGCCCUGGUUCCUCAGUUACCUGAUUUCUGAUCCAACAUCCAGAACUAGAUGGGCAGAAAUUUCCUCCAACUAAAUGUUGAUAAGAAUUAAAAUAAUCGAUUCUUAGCACUGAUUCUCAGCACCGUUUCCAAUCUACUGAUUCCAUCCCUCUUCCUGAAAAUAGUCUGAGAUUGACUCCGUCUUCUUCUUCUUACAACCUCAGUAUCAUAUUUGGUUCUGAUAUUAACUUCCAAACUCAUGUUCCUGCCAUCAUUUACACCGCCUUCUUCCACCACCAUCCAAUCGCUUGGCUUCACUCCAUCUUAGUUCAAUUCUGCUGAAAUCCUUGUUCAUGCCAUUGUUUCCUCUGGACUCAACUUUUUUUUUAACAUUCCCAGUUGAUCUCCCAUACUCCAGCCCUUGUAAUUUUUUUGUCAUCCAAAACUCAGCUGCCCAUGUCUUAAUUCGCAGCAAAUCCUUGUUCUCCAUCUUUCAGGUGCGCUGAUGUGAAUUGGCCUGCAGUUAAACAUCAUCUUGGCUUUACAGUUCUCAGCAUUAUUUUAAAAUCUCUCUUCAGCUUUGCCCUUGCCUAUCUCUCUAAUUUACCCCUUCCCCUGAACCCUAUGCAAUAUCCACGGUCCUGUAAUUCUGGCCUCGUGUGUUCCCAAUUAUAAUUGUUUCUUCAUUGUCAGCCAACUCUGCAAUUCUAAAUUUGUCUGUCUGUCUUCCUCAGUUUCUUCCUUGCAGUCACUCCUUAAAACCAACAUCUUCAACUAAGCCUGUAGUCAUCUGACCUAAUUACUUCUUUACGGCUUAUUGUCAAAUGUUGUUUUAUAGUGCUCUUAUGCAGUGUGCUGUGUUCCAUUACAUUAAAGGUACUAUAUAAAUA